AUGGCUAAGGAAAGGGCCGAUGACCAUAAAGAGAUAUGGCAAAUUCUAAUCAAUCGAGUGAGAUCUGUUUCCGACAAACUUAUCUUUGAUGAAGAUGAAAUUCGAAAGGUUUACUCCCGAAUGAAUUCAUUAUGUGAUGAAACAACCAAGGAAAAUGAUCCUGGCAUGCUUGUCCCGUUCUUCGAAACUCUCCUGCUUACUUUUGAAUGCAAGUCUGAAAUCAUGACAGAAUUAAGCAAAGAUUUUGAAAAAUGUAGAAAGUCUGUUGGGAAGGAAAGAAACAUAAUGGAAACGUUAAUGGAGAGGUUUUGGAAACCGCAAAAAUAUAUAAAAAGUAUUUUAUUAAGUUAUAGCAAGGAAAUUCCUGAUUACAUGAAAAGAAUGUUUGUUAUAACUGGAUUGGCAGGACAAAGAAUGUAUAAUGAGGAUAUUGCUAAACGUAUCAAGAGUUAUAUUGAGGGUCAAAAUUAUGAAGGUAAUAAAGAACCUGAUAGAAAUAGAAGCGACUGAAUUUCCAUACUGAACGUUAUUCCGUACUGAGUG